AAUGAAAAACCAGUACAAACCCGCUUCGGCUCCACGCUAAAACCCUACUCGCCUUUUACGGUCUCAUUAUCCCGAGCCCUCAACGCUGCUAUCACCAAAACCUUCUCUUUCUAUUUCUUUCGCUCGACGCUGAGCCGCCUCAAUUCUGUCUCAGACAUUUGAUCGUUCUAAGACUUGCGAGAAUGGAGGGCUCAGUAGAAGAAAAGGCGAAAGUCCUGGAUUCGGAAACGGAAUCAGCUUCCGAGCAAACCCUUAGCAAGAAUGCUCGCAAGAAGGAGUUGAAGAAUAAGCAGAAGGAAGAGGAAAGGAGGCAGAAGGAGGAGGAGAAGGCAAAACAGGCUGCUGCUGUGGCGGAUUCCAAGGGUAAGAAAUCUGCAGCUGUUGAUGAUGAAGAUAUGGACCCAACGCAAUACUUCGAGAAUCGGCUGAAACAUCUUGCAGCUCAGAGAGCUUCCGGUGUGGAAACAUAUCCUCAUAAAUUCCACGUUUCAAUGUCCAUCCUUGAAUAUGGAGAGAAAUAUGGAGUGCUAAACAAUGGGGAUCAUCUCGAGGAUGUUUCAGUAAAUUUGGCUGGGCGCAUCAUGAGUAAAAGGUCUUCCUCUUCAAAGCUUUAUUUUUACGACCUACAUUGUGGUGGUGCUAAAGUCCAAGUUAUGGCUGAUGCUAGCAAGUCAGACUUGAAUGAAGCAGCAUUUUCUAUUUUCCAUUCUAAUGUAAAGCGUGGGGACAUCGUUGGUGUUGUUGGUUUCCCAGGUAAAACCAAAAGGGGGGAGCUAAGUAUUUUUCCAAAAUCAUUUACAGUCUUAGCACCUUGUCUCCAUAUGUUGCCAAGGCAAAAGGCCAAAGGUGCUUCUGACAAUGCGAAUUUGAAGAAAACUGAGGUCUGGGUUCCGGGGAGUCCCAGGAAUCCUGAAACAUAUGUUUUGAAAGAUCAGGAAACUCGUUAUCGCCAACGGUAUCUAGAUCUGAUGUUAAAUAUGGAGGUUCGGCAGAUCUUUAAGACGAGAUCUAAGGUCAUCAGAUAUAUUCAAAGGUUUCUCGAUGAUCUUGAUUUCUUGGAGGUUGAAACGCCAAUGAUGAACAUGAUUGCUGGUGGAGCAGCUGCCCGUCCAUUUGUGACCCACCAUAAUGAGCUGAAUUUGCAGCUGUUUAUGCGCAUUGCGCCUGAGCUCUAUCUUAAGGAACUAGUUGUUGGCGGGCUUGACCGUGUCUAUGAGAUAGGAAAACAAUUCAGAAAUGAAGGUAUUGAUUUGACGCACAAUCCUGAGUUCACAACUUGUGAGUUCUACAUGGCUUUUGCUGACUACUAUGACUUGAUGGAGAUCACGGAGAAAAUGCUAAGUGGGAUGGUCAAGGAACUUACUGGUGGAUAUAAAAUUAAAUAUCAUGCAAAUGGGCUUGAUAAAGAUCCAAUUGAGAUUGAUUUCACUCCCCCUUUCAGGAGGAUUGACAUGAUCGACACAUUAGAGAAAAUGGCAAACCUUAAUAUUCCCAAGGACUUGUCCAGCGAUGAAGCCAACAAAUAUCUGAAAGAUGCAUGUAUUAAGCAUGAGAUCAAAUGUUCCCCUCCUGAAACAACAGCACGUUUGUUGGACAAACUUGUUGGGCACUUCUUAGAGGAGACGUGUGCAAAUCCUACUUUCAUCAUUAACCAGCCCGAGAUAAUGAGUCCUUUGGCGAAGUGGCAUAGAGAGAAACCUGGCCUUACUGAACGUUUUGAAUUGUUUAUUAACAAGCAUGAAGUCUGCAAUGCAUACACUGAACUGAACGACCCUGUUGUACAACGGCAGCGAUUCGCUGAGCAACUCAAGGAUCGACAGUCGGGUGAUGAUGAAGCAAUGGCUGUGGAUGAAACUUUCUGUACGGCUCUUGAGUAUGGUUUGCCUCCAACUGGUGGUUGGGGAUUGGGUAUUGAUCGGCUAGCUAUGUUGUUAACUGAUUCUCAAAACAUUAAGGAGGUUCUUCUGUUCCCGGCCAUGAAACCUCAAGAUGAACCUUCCGCUAAAGGGGCUUAGGAAGUUCAAGAUUGUGAAACCCAGAAGUUACUUUUUAUUUCAUGCGCAUCUCCUCACCCAAAUAGAGGACGUCUUAUCAAAUAUCUGAUCAUUAUUAUUUUUUAUUCCUGCCACAACUAGAACAUUUGAGAUACUGUCAUUUAGUUCAAAAUAGCAUUUCAUGCUUGUCUAUUUUGUUAACUAGGUUUCUUUAGAUUUCAUGCAAAUCUGAAGCGCUGUGUUGAAUUCAAUGAAAGUUCAAGUUAUUGGAA